CAAAGGAGGUUUUAUUAAAACACAAACACAUCCCUGUCCGUGCAAGUACUCAGGGAAUAAACUACAGCCAUUGACUUUGCAGCAAUAAUAUUGAAACAGAAAAUUAAGAAAGAGUCGAAGUGAGCUGAGAAGCGAACGGCAUCAGUCACCAUGGCACUGAAAAGAAUACAGAAGGAGCUGCAGGAUUUGCAGAGAGACCCUCCGGCACAGUGCUCUGCUGGACCAGUGGGGGAUGACUUGUUUCAUUGGCAGGCAACCAUAAUGGGUCCAGGUGAUAGUCCUUAUCAAGGAGGAGUUUUCUUUCUCACAAUCCACUUUCCCACCGACUACCCGUUCAAGCCACCAAAGGUAGCAUUUACAACAAAGAUUUAUCACCCAAAUAUUAACAGCAAUGGCAGUAUCUGUUUGGACAUUCUACGGUCACAGUGGUCUCCAGCACUAACAGUGUCUAAAGUUUUAUUGUCCAUAUGUUCUUUGCUUUGUGAUCCAAACCCGGACGAUCCCUUAGUUCCAGACAUAGCGCACAUCUACAAGAACGACAAAGACAAAUACAACAAACUAGCAAAAGAAUGGACCCAAAAGUAUGCCAUGUAAAGAAAAAAACAUCAGAGAUCAAAAAAAAA